UGUUGUGUAUAAUUUUGGGUUGAGUCCUGUUAAUUUUGAAGCUUAGUGUAAAAUUUGUCAAUGGAAAGGUUUCAGGCUGUUUUUUAUCCCAUCUAAAGCAAUUUCUCUACAUUCUAGUAACAUUAGUUAAUUGGAAGUUAUCCCGAUGCGUGUUGUAGGCUCUGUCCAUCGGUGCCCGUAUUAAGAGAUGCACAAUCAUUAUUUCCUCAUACUAAUGCAUUACAUAUGCAGAGAAAAUUAACCCUACCAGAAAAUAGCGUCACUACUACUUCGAAUAAACAAUAACCUCUGACAUAAUGCAGAACGGAGUGUAUCCAGACUUUGCCAAACUUACAACCCUUUCAGAAUCAACUAAUUUUACAGGAGCUUCCAAAUUCCAAGCACCGGAAAUGAGAUUACCCGAAGGUAUUACCGAAUUAGAAGCGAGAAAUGAAAAACUUGGGCAAAAUUUGGUGCAAACUAACACAAUGGCCAAGGGGUUCUAUAACGCUCGUAACGAUAAUUUGAGCCUGGAUAUUGAUGGCGCAGAGAUUUGUACACCACAUUCGAAUACAAGAAAGGGAUUUGAUAAUAAAAUCGCCUUUGCACGAACAAAUUGCGAAAACCCUUCUGAUGGCGCUAUAUCUAUAGACCGAUAUGGAAAGCGAAAUGUACGUCGAAAUAAUCGAAAUAUAGAAGGAGCUCAAAAGGUGCACUGGUCACGAAACAAUAUUAGUGCUACUAUGGAACGUUUUGAGCCUACGCAUAAUAGUCAACCAUCUUCAUCUGCAUCAUCGUUAGAUUACGGAUUCGUUGCCAGCGUGGUAACCUCAAUAACAGAUACACCACAUUUACCGCAGAGAAAGAUCGUGCCUAGUGCAGCAUCAUAUGAAAUUAAGAGCCUUAGAGAAGCUGGACCAAUGAAUCAUGUAUAUUCAUACGCUUACUAUGAGCCAGGGGCUGUGAAGUGUCAUACGAAUAUUCCGCAGAAUAAUGUGCAGACCAUAAAUUCUGACUCAAUGAGCUCCAAUGCUAUAGAAACUUCCAGAAGUGGACCCCUUGACGUCACCCCUACAUUACUGUCCAAAGGUAACCGUUGCAAGUCAAGAAGCGGACAACCUACACUUUCGCCCCCGCGAGUGGGAGAUCGUCACACUUAUACAACUCGAUAUGGAACAACGGAAAAUUUGUACGAAGAAGUAAACGAGCAAAAGAUAAGAAAAGUUUUAUCCGAUAAUCGUAUAUCUGUAUCUCCUACAACUUAUGUUAAAGAAGAGCUUCGCCGAGUUCAACACGAUCAUUUCCGUGUACUGGAAGAGCUAAAUUUGUCUCUGGAAGCUUUAAUUAUGCCUUCUAGCCCACACCAUUUGAGCCCUAAUGCUAGAAUGAAGGAUACCGUAGUAAAUGUUGCGUCUUCUGAAGCUACUGGAAUUCUCUCAACGUCAUCGGAGGUUAUUUCUUCAUCAGUAACUUUACCGAAAAAAACACGGUGGUUUGGUUUGCUUGGUGGCAACUCAUCUUACUUAUUUCCAUCCAGUCAACCUAAUGGGUUUAUAAAUACCAGCCUGGAAAACUUAUCAGCUACAUUUCAUUCAAUGGAACUUAAAGACCAAUCUAAUAAUUCAGCCAACCACCCAGAGUUCGAUGACGGUGAUUUCGAUAGUGGAUUCAGUGGUAGCGGCAGUAGUAGUGGUGCAAGUUACAAUGAUAGUGUACGAGAUUAUAAACCUACUACCGCAUCUCUUGAAAAUUUUAACAUAAACAAAAAAAUGUAUCCAGGCAGUAGCGACAAUAGGGUUACAUCGUUUGAGUCUGUUGAAGUUUGCUCAAACAAACAGCCCACCGCUAUGCCUUCACUACCAACAGAGCCCUUAACGGAAAGUACUCGUAUAUUUAAAAAAAGCUUUUGGGCUAUGAAACCGUGAUGUGAUGGGCACCGCUUUGAGGACUUUUCAUUUAUAGAAAUUUUACCCAUGGCGUAGGUAAUUUGGUGCGAUAACUAUUAAAAUAUAAGUAAAUAGUUAUUAAUAUAUUUAUGCAAAUAAAUAUUUACGGAAACUUAGAUUUACAUAUGCAUAC